UUUUAAAUCCACGAAUGACAGCAAAAAUCUACUCUUGACACCAAGUCCCCCUCCAAAUGUCUAAUUCAGAAGGCCGAAGGGCAGACCGGAGCCUCUCCGAGACUUGCGGGCCUGAUGGGGUUGUGUGUGCUCUGAUUUCUCUAGGCUUGUUUUUAUAGAAACAAAGAAUGAGUUCACUCCCUCCUUCCUGAGACUUGUGCAUAUUUACAGAGCUCAACUGCAGUUUUAAUAAAACAUCUGUUCUUGCUUCUGCUGAUGAGUUUCCAUAAUUGUUUUCAGACAAAUUUAACAGGAAAAUAUAAAUAUAUUUAGAAAAAGCCAAGUCCCAGCUCUCCCUUUCCUCCAGCAUAUAUAGCCAUUCUUUUGCCAAAAAAAAUUAGAUUAACACAAAAUGAGGAAAAGGAAAAUAAAAGCCAAUGGAGGGAAGAUGGAGCUCAUCUGACCUGUUUCUCCCCCCUUGCAGCGAAUCCUUCUAGUAAAUUUCAGCUGCAUAAUUAAAGAUCUAACUAAAAGAAGGCAGCUUCUUUCCUUAGGAACAGAAGGAGAUGGAGGAGAGUGUGCUGGAAAUUAAUUUUUGCCAAAAGUCUUUAAGCAGUGAGGGGAUUUAUUUGUACUUCUGCUUCCCCUUCUCUCCCCCUGCCAGCAUUUCUGCUUUUUCCCCUCAGCAGCUGGUUUCUGUUCAUUAUAAAUCGGCGAGACCUUUCAGUCUUUGCCCUCUGUUUAGGGACGUAAUAAAACACUUAACUUUCCCCAGCCUGAGACUUACAUUCUGCUCCUCAGGUCGCCCACCCCCAAGCCCACUGACUUUAGGCCCCCAAAGAGACUCUCCCCAACUUUUAGGGCCCCUUUCCUCUUCAGAUCUAUUUGAGGAGGGGUCGGUAGAAACUUAGGCCACCUUGCUGGAAGGGCUGUAGCACAUGCUUUUCCUAAAAUCUCCCUCUUUCUUUCAAGGUCCCUCCCUCCCCUCACUCACUCAUAAAAGAGAUUUGAAAAUACAUAGAAAAUCAGCACCUAUUGAAAGCAAAGCCUCAUUAAGACAUCCUAUCUUCCAUCAUUCAAUUUGUUGUACAUUGCAACAAUUUAAUAUCUCGAAGGAAAUAUCACUGACAUGAUUUAUCCCUUCAGCAAUCUUGCUCUGCAAUAAGGGGAGAAUUUCCUCUUUCUUCCGGCUUCCCCUACUUGUUACAUUGCUACCCUCAGGGGCAGAAAGGAGGCUGGGAACUUUGAAAGAGGCUACUUGUGUCCAGGGGUGCACUGACUUGUUCCCUACCUCAGCCCCAGGCUACCCCCUCGCCCUGGUCUUCUCUCUCCCUACCUUCUUGCCCUCCAGGGGGACUGGAGCCCCAGCCAGCUGUGGGAAUCCUCUGCCCAGGCAUGCCAUGAUCCAGGACAGCUGGAUCGAGAGCAGAAAGGAGCUCACAUUGGUGUCUAUAUUUGUACCUGCAAUGUGUCCCCCAAAUGAAAUUAUUCUUAAAUUUUCUUUCUUGAUGGAAGCCCACUCCUCUAUUCUUUCACCUUUAUCUCUUUAGGAUGAAUAGUCCUAAAGGAGGAACCUUUAUAAUUAUAGAGAUCUUUUCCUCUACCCUUUUAAAUACCAACCAAUGCCCCUCCUUUCUGAAGGAUGGGGGCUGGAUUUUUAAAAGCCAACACAAAUUGUCUGGCAGGAAGACGCUUCAGCCCCCUAACGAGGUUCAUGUGUUAACUAACACGUUGUCUGCACCAGCUCCUACACACUGUCUGCUUUUGGGUUGGAAACUUUAUUUUCCCCCCUAGCGACACUCCAGGGAAACCUUAACGUUACAGAAGAUGAAUAAACGAGUUUUUUCCCAGCGUAGUCCCGUUUAUGGCUUUAUUGCUACCCAUUGAUUACUCCGCUUUGUUACACAGAAGGAAAAGAUCAUAAAAUCCGGCGACAUCCGGGUUCUUGUUAUAGCCAGUCUCCCCCACCCCCCAAAAUAGUAUAUGUGGGGAAAAUAUGAGCUUUCACUAUUCUCUACACACACCCCACUGCCCCCCUUUGUCAACUCAAGGCAUUUUCUGUGUAUGUUGCGACAUCAAAUUAAGUUUGGAUGAAUCAGGAGAGAAAUCUCCAUCUGCACACCUUCCACUGCUUCAGUUAGCCCACUGCAGCUUCCUCUAAGCUUCCACACAGCUGCCUCUUCCUAACAGCCCCUCUCUCAUUUUCUUCCAGCCAUAAGAUGAGGGGUGGGGAGUGUGUGUAGGAUAGAGGCUGUUCAGAGUGCAGAGAUGACUGACACUUGGGCAAAAGAGCUCCCCAACAGUCCUUUACUAGAGUCUUCAAGCCUGAAAACUCAGGUCCAGGGGCGCCUCCCCUGGCGGGGCAGUGAAUCCAGCUGGGGCAGGGGGCUUCUGCCCUGUACAGGGGUGUGAGCUUGCUGGAGCUAACUGUCCACUAAAAUACCACCAGUUUUCUCCUUCUGCCUGGAACCUACAUGAAAUACCCCACUGGCCCUGGCUAGCUCCAAAUCAUAAAUUCUCACCAACAUAAACAGGAGUUGAUGUCUCUAGAACGACUCCGUUUGCUUUCUUUCUUCUCUCUCUCACUCUCUUUCUCUUCUUCUUUUUCUCCCUUACCUAUACCACUUUUUAUACAUUUUCCCUUUUAGGUAAAAGUUGUUGUAAGUGUUUCCCUCAAAGGGGGGACCUGGGGAGGAGGCAGAAGGAGGCUAGAAGGCAGGGGAGAGCAGCUGUAUUCCUCCUCUGCCCACUUCAACUCUGCUACUGUACCCUGAAAUCUCACCCUCAACCUUUAGAUCCAGUUGCUCCCUACAUCCCCUCUACAUAAAGGUUCUUUAGCUCUGCUCUUCUUCCUGUGGGCUUUAUUCAUUUUCUUUUUCUUUUGAUUUUUUUUCUUUUAGUGUUGGGGGGGGGUAUGCUGGUUUAGUGGUUUAGUGGCAGAGACUUCCUUCCUUCUUCAAACCAGGAUGUCUUGUAGAAUUGUAAGAACCCCCUUGAAUUGGGAAGGAGUUUCUUUCAUGAAGCAAUCAGAAUGCAAUUUAAAUAGGGGCAGAUUUUUAAUGGGAUAAAAUAGAAAAUACAGAAAAUUCUCUGGCCCUGGCCACAGCACAGCAAAGUUAGCUGGGGCUGAGCAAUUUCUUGAAAGUACUUCUCUCCUUUCCCUGGACUCCAAGGCCCUGCUUGUGGAUAUGUACCCUCCUUCACCCCAACCAGUUCCAUUAUAUAUAUGUAUGUAUGUAUAUGUAUAUAUUUUUAACAAGAAAUCCAAGUCUUACUUUCAAAGCAUACACACUUAGUCUCAACUAGGGAAUCAACAGAAGCAGAAGCGAUUUUUUUCCCCCUUCUUGACAUCUGGCUUGCGAUUGGCUGGAAGGGGGUCAGCUGACUUUGUCAUUUUGUCUGUCCUGGAUUGGAGCCGUCCCUAUAACCAUCUAGUUCCGACUACAAACUGGAGACAGAAAUAAAUAUUAAAGAAAUCAUAGCCCGACCAGGUAAAGGCAAAGGGAUGAAUUCCUACUUCACUAACCCUUCCUUAUCCUGCCACCUCGCCGGGGGCCAGGAAGUCCUUCCCAACGUCGCCCUCAAUUCCACCGCCUAUGAUCCUGUGAGGCAUUUCUCGACCUAUGGAGCAGCCGUUGCCCAGAACCGGAUCUACUCGACUCCCUUUUAUUCGCCACAGGAGAAUGUCGUAUUCAGUUCCAGCCGGGGGCCGUAUGACUAUGGAUCUAAUUCCUUUUACCAGGAGAAAGACAUGCUUUCAAACUGCAGACAAAACACCUUAGGACAUAACACACAGACCUCAAUCGCUCAGGAUUUUAGUUCUGAGCAGGGCAGGACUGCGCCCCAGGACCAGAAAGCCAGUAUCCAGAUUUACCCCUGGAUGCAGCGAAUGAAUUCGCACAGUGGGGUCGGUUACGGAGCGGACCGGAGGCGCGGCCGCCAGAUCUACUCGCGGUACCAGACCCUGGAACUGGAGAAGGAAUUUCACUUCAAUCGCUACCUAACACGGCGCCGGCGCAUCGAGAUCGCCAACGCGCUCUGCCUGACCGAACGACAGAUCAAAAUCUGGUUCCAGAACCGCCGGAUGAAGUGGAAAAAAGAAUCUAAUCUCACGUCCACGCUCUCGGGGGGCGGCGGAGGGGCUGCGGCUGACAGCCUGGGUGGAAAGGAAGAAAAGCGGGAAGAGACAGAAGAGGAGAAGCAGAAAGAGUGACCAAGAUUAUCCUUGCCACCCCCUUCUCUCCUUCUCCCCAGCUCACCCCAACUCCCUCCCUCCCCCCAUCACACACUCUGUAUUUAUCACUGGCACAAUGGAUAUGUUUUGACUUCCUGAAACAAAAUUAGGGAGUCAGACGUGGACCUGAAAAAUCAGCUCUGGACCCCCUCCUUCCCUUCCUUGCACAACUCCUCUUGCGCCUCCUCCUAGCUCCCUCGCUAGCUCCGGUCCCCCCCCCCCUCCCCCGGCUUGUCUGCAGGCCCUUUCCCAGCCCAGGCCUUGGGGGCUCCGUCCCUGAACCUCGCUUCAAACUCCACAGAUUUCUCUCCAAAUGAAGAUCUGUCCCCUCUCAACACUCCCUGGAUGCCUCCCCCCUCCAUCCCCGAGCAGAGAAGCUGGCUUCUGGGCCCGGGGCCUCCAUUCUGGGGCCUCAAGGCCUGGCCUGGUGAGCCGGGGAGGGCAGGAGGCCCAAGGAGGGGGGCCCCUUGGCCCCUCCCAGUCACCCCCCAGGGCCUCCCCUAUAACCUUUAUCCGGUCCCCCUUUACCCCAGCAAAUGCCCAGCCCAGGCAAAUUGUAUUUAAAAGAUUCCUGGGGGUCAUUAUGGCAUAUUACAAACUGUGACCGUUUCUGUGUGAAUAUUUUUAGCUGUAUUUGUGGUCUCUGUAUUUAUAUUUAUGUUUAGCACCGUCAGUGUUCCGAUCUCAUUUUAAAAAAGGGGAAAAAAAAGAGUGAAAAAAUCACCAAGAAAAAAAAAAGAAGAAAAAAAGUGAAUGACGUUUGUUUAGCCAGUAGGAGAAAAUAAAUAAAUAAAUCCCUUCGUGUUACCCUCCUGUAUAAAUCCGAUCUCUGGAUCCGUUCUCGAAUAUUUAAUAAAAUUGAUAUUAUUUUUAAAA